AGAAAUCCACAUGCACCUCCAAACAUUUUUUUCUUGUGAUUUUUAAGGGAGAUUUUAUUUAGAGGCGGUGCUUGUUGGCUCCAGAGUAGCGUCGUAACGACACUUUUUUUCCCCCAGUCCCUGUUAAAAGAGUUAGACCGGGGCCAGAGUUGGUGCUGGGGGGUCGCCUAUAGUUUAGUAAUUUCCUGGGGGGUAAUUGCUGCGUUUUUUUUUUAAUGCCAUCAGAUUUUUUUUCUGUUUUAUUUUAUUUUUUAUUUUUCUACUUCUCUGAAAAAUCGCCACUCUCUCACUCUUAAAGAUCUGAUACCGUUUCGAGAUUUUUUCCUUUCAGAUCAUGAGCAAACUAUAUGUUGGGAAUUUAAGUCCUUCGGUCACUGUCGAGGACUUGAAGCAGCUCUUUGGGGAGUGGAAGCUGCCAGUGGCCGAGCAGGUCCUACUGAAAUCCGGCUAUGCUUUUAUGGACUUGCCCGACCAGAACUCGGCCAUAAAGGCUAUAGACACUCUUUCUGGUAAAGUUGAAUUACACGGAAAGGUGAUAGAGGUAGACUACUCUGUUCCCAAAAAACUAAGGAGUCGGAAGAUCCAGAUCCGGAACAUUCCCCCUCAUCUACAGUGGGAGGUUUUGGACGGCCUUCUAGCUCAGUAUGGUACUGUAGACAACGUGGAGCAAGUGAACACUGAUACAGAAACAGCAGUGGUGAAUGUUACGUACUCAACCAAGGAGGAAACUAAAGAAGCCUUUGAGAAGUUAACAGGACACCAGUUCGACGACUACUCUUUCAAGGUGUCAUAUAUUGUGGACAUGGAUGCUGCUCCACCCGACCAGGCUUCCCGCACGCGACGUGGGGGUCGGUCGUCCCGGGACCAGGGUGCCUGUCAGCCUGGGCCCUCAGGAGAAUAUGGCGCUCCACGCAACAAACCAUACGACUACUGCCUGCGCAUGGUCGUGCCUACUCAAAUGGUUGGAGCCAUCAUCGGAAAGGACGGCAACACCAUCAAGAAUGUCACCAAACAGACACAGUCCAAGGUCGACAUUCAUCGGAAGGAAAAUGCAGGUGCGGCAGAGAAGCCCAUCACCAUCCACUCAACUCCCGAUGGCUGCUCUUCUGCCUGUCGCAUGAUCAUGGACAUCAUGCACAAGGAGGCCAAGGAGACCAAGGAGACCAAGGAGACCAAGGAGAAGAAUGAACCCGAGGAAAUCCCUCUGAAGAUGCUUGCCAACAACUGCCUCGUGGGCCGUCUGAUUGGGAAGGAGGGCCGCAACCUGAAGAAGAUUGAGGAGGAGACAGGGACCAAGAUUACCAUCUCCUCGUUACAAGACUUAACUAUUUACAACCUUGAGAGGACCAUCACGGUGAAGGGCAGCACCAUAGAGUCGCUGUGUAAAGCCGAGGUGGAGAUCAGUAAAAAACUGAGGGAAUCCCACGAGAAUGACAUUGCUGCUAUAAACCAACAGGCCAACCUGAUCCCAGGAUUGAACCUGAAUGCUCUGGGCAUCUUCUCCUCUGGUCUGCCGGUGCUGCCCCCGGCUGCAGGACCACGUGGUGCAGUGCCCCCUGUGGCACCAGGAUACAACCCAUUCUUAAGUCACUCUCCUUCACAUCUCAGUGGCCUGUACGGGGUUCCUCCAGGAAGUGCCAUCACCCACCAAUACUCACAUCAGGCUCCAGAACAGGAGGUUGUCUACCUCUUUAUUCCAACUCAGGCAGUCGGGGCCCUGAUCGGCAAGAAGGGCCAGCACAUCAAACAACUCGCCCACUUUGCCGGAGCUUCCAUCAAGAUUGCCCCACCAGAACACCCAGAUGGCCCUGAGAGAAUGGUUAUCAUUACUGGACCCCCAGAGGCUCAGUUUAAGGCCCAAGGUCGGAUAUUUGGGAAGCUGAAAGAGGAGAACUUCGUCUCGGCAAAGGAGGAGGUCAAACUGGAGACGCACAUCAAGGUUCCCUCAACUGCAGCUGGCAGGGUCAUCGGCAAAGGCGGCAAGACGGUAAAUGAGCUGCAGAAUCUUACGAGUGCUGAGGUCAUCGUGCCACGGGACCAAACUCCAGACGAGAACGACGAGGUCUUUGUGAAAAUCAGCGGGCAUUUCUUUGCCAGCCAGACUGCACAGAGGAAGAUCCGGGAGAUCAUUCAACAGGUCAAACAGCAGGAACAGAAGCACCAGCAGGGCGCCGCCGUGUCACCGUACCACUCCAAGUGACCAGCGGGGUGGCUCAAGUGGGCGCCAGCCAAUGAAUGUAGCCCUCCCAAACAGACAGAGACCUACCAAGACAAAGGCCAAGGCCACGGGGGACAUGCAGGGCAGACCAGCAGCACCGGGAUCAAAACCAAAGAACUUCGAAAGGGGGGAAACAAGUGAGAGCCAAAGGCUGAGGGCAUUGUGUGCACUGCCAGCCCUGUGAGAGCAGAUAGAGAGUGGGAGAAACCAUACUGAUAAAAUGUACUACAAAAAAGACCAAAAAAAAAAAAAAAAAUCUACAAGAAAGGUUGAAAUGGCAGAGGAUUUGGGAACUUCUUCACAGAUUAAAAGGUAAACAGGAAGUAGUAUGUCGCCCUGCAUAACGUUAUCUCUUUAGUUGGACUAACAUAGGCCUAACAAACUGAUAAAGCAACUGUAUUAACACGAACGUAUACGAGGCAUUGUGAUUGAUAUUUACGGUUAGAACGAGAGCGAGUGACAAUGGACGCCUUCUCUCACAAGAGUUUGAGAUAUUCAGAUUGCAAGAUUAAAUAUCCUUAGCAGUAUUAACACAGAGUAGAAAAGUAUAUUGAUACACACUGAGAGAGUGCACUGUUAUUUUUCUAUGAAAUGACAGUACAGCUUGGUGUAGUUUUUUAAUAUUUUUGCUUGUUCCAGAGAUUGACUGGGCUGUGACAACCACAUACAGCCGAUUCCCUUGUUUGUUCACAUUAUAGGCCACUGAAAUCAAAAAGAAAAAAAAACCCUAUAAGUAAAAAUGGUGAAUGGUUCUGAGUCUUUGUAACAAGCCUGUGUGUGUGCCAACGCAAAAGAUAACGUCCCUUUGAAAUGUCUCGCACCAUUCAUAUCUGAUGCUACACUCUUUUUUUUUUUUUUUUUUAAUUUCUUUCUUUUCUGCUUAUUUCUGCUUCACUUUCUCAUCACUCUCUCUCAUCCGGCAUUGUGUUUGUUUUUUUUUUAAUAGGAUAAAAAUAUUUGUUGUGAAGAAACUUUUUUUUCCGUAGCCUUUUGAUAACAUUGAACUGACUGCCACUUUCACUCAACAGAGGUUAAAUGCAACAGAGGGAUUUUUUUUUAACCAGCAAACUGGUAUCACUCCCAUGCUGUACAGUAGACUAUAUCUACAUUCAUGCUUGUCCUCAUAUUAAAAAAUAAUCAAAAGAAUGUUUUUAAAUGCAUUCUACUUGACGAUCAGAGCAAAAAUUGACAUCUUAAAAAAAAAAGAAAAAAAAGGUGCAAUUUGCUUGUUAAUUAGUCAAUUUGAAUGUGCACCGCCACACGCUCGGCCUUAUGAGGACGUCACGAGGGCCGACAGCCCAGAAAAGGGGUUUAAGGGAGGGUGCAGACUCGUGGUGUGUGGAGUGGCAGUAAGAAAAAGU